GCCUAAAGUCAGUCUCCCAAAGGCUGGAGUCGAUGUUGAAGGACCAGAUUUCAAAGGGAAACUUGGAAUGCCCACUGCUGAUAUUUCACUUCCAAAGGGAAAAGCAGAUGUGGAUAUUGACAUUGAAGGAAAAACUGGUAAAGGUGGCAAGUUUCACAUGCCUUCACUUGAUAUUUCUCUUCCUAAAAUCAAAGCAAAGGGACUUGAUGUGGAUAUCCAAGGACCUGAAGUCAAAGGUGAUAUGUCACUCCCAGAAAUCAAGUCUCCAGAGGUAGAUAUCAGCCUCCAAGGUCCAGAUAUUAAAGGGGGGAAAUUUAAAUUGCCCACUGUCGACAUGCCAUCAUUGGAUCUCUCACUUCCCAAAAUGAAGUCUCCAGAUGUAGAUGUCACUCUUGAGGGUCCUGAUGUCAAGGGAGGGAAGAUCAAAAUUCCAGCUGUUGAUGUUUCACUUCCUAAAGGAAAGGUUGAGGGUGACAUAAAUAUCGAAGGCCCUGAGAUGAAAGAGGGCAAAUUCAAAAUGCCAAAAUUUGAUGUUUCUUUGCCUAAAGUCAGUCUCCCAAAGGCUGGAGUCGAUGUUGAAGGACCAGAUUUCAAAGGGAAACUUGAAAUGCCCACUGCUGAUAUUUCACUUCCAAAGGGAAAAGCAGAUGUGGAUAUUGACAUUGAGGGAAAAACUGGUAAAGGUGGCAAGUUUCACAUGCCUUCACUUGAUAUUCUCUUCCUAAAAUCAAAGCAAAGGGACUUGAUGUGGAUAUCCAAGGACCUGAAGUCAAAGGUGAUAUGUCACUCCCAGAAAUCAAGUCUCCAGAGGUAGAUAUCAGCCUCCAAGGUCCAGAUAUUAAAGGGGGGAAAUUUAAAUUGCCCACUGUCAACAUGCCAUCAUUGGAUCUCUCACUACCCAAAAUGAAGUCUCCAGAUGUAGAUGUCACUCUUGAGGGUCCUGAUGUCAAGGGAGGGAAGAUCAAAAUUCCAACUGCUGAUGUUUCACUUCCUAAAGGAAAGGUUGAGGGUGACAUAAAUAUCGAAGGCCCUGAGAUGAAAGGGGGCAAAUUCAAAAUGCCAAAAUUUGAUGUUUCUUUGCCUAAAGUCAGUCUCCCAAAGGCUGGAGUCGAUGUUGAAGGACCAGAUUUCAAAGGGAAACUUGGAAUGCCCACUGCUGAUAUUUCACUUCCAAAGGGAAAAGCAGAUGUGGAUAUUGACAUUGAAGGAAAAACUGGUAAAGGUGGCAAGUUUCACAUGCCUUCACUUGAUAUUUCUCUUCCUAAAAUCAAAGCAAAGGGACUUGAUGUGGAUAUCCAAGGACCUGAAGUCAAAGGUGAUAUGUCACUCCCAGAAAUCAAGUCUCCAGAGAUAGAUGUCAGCCUCCAAGGUCCAGAUAUUAAAGGGGGGAAAUUUAAAUUGCCCACUGUCGACAUGCCAUCAUUGGAUCUCUCGCUUCCCAAAAUGAAGUCUCCAGAUGUAGAUGUCACCCUUGAGGGUCCUGAUGUCAAGGGAGGGACGAUCGAAAUUCCAACUGCUGAUGUUUCACUUCCUAAAGGAAAAGUGGAGGGUGACAUAAAUAUCGAAGGCCCUGAGAUCAAAGGGGGUAAUUUCAAAAUUCCAAAAUUUGAUGUUUCUUUACCUAAAGUCAGUCUCCCAGCAGGUGGUGUAAAAAUAAAGGGCCCUGAUACUAAAGGUGGGACAAUUGAGAUAUCCGACAUUGAUAUUUCACUCCCUAAAGCCAACGCACACGGAGAAAUUGACGGGCAUUCUGGAAAGGGUGGAAGGUUUCAUAUGCCAUCUGUCUCUCUUCCUAAAAUCAAAGCAAAGGGACCUCAAUUCAACAUAGAAGGUGCAUAUCCAGCGUUUGAGAUUUUAGUACCUGAAGGAAAAGCUGAAGGUGACCUCAACAUCGAAGGUCCUGGCAAUAAAGGAAGCAAAUUCACAAUGCCCAAAGUUGAUAUUUCACUUCCAAAGAUGAACUUCCCAGAAGGUGAUAUCAAAGUGCAAGGACCCAACGUGAAGGGAGAAAAGGUCACAGUUCCAGAGGGUAAAGUGGAGGGAGAUAUCAAUAUUGAAGGACUCUCUGAAAAAGAAAGGUUUGAUAUCCCAAAGGUUGAAGUUGAUAAAAAAGGAGGUGGAUUCCACAUGCCAACUCUUGACAUAAAUCUUCCCAAAUUUGACCUUGACCUCAGCCUGCCCUCUGGUAUAAAAGCUAAAGGCUUCAAAGUUGAUACUCUAAGUCCUGAUGCAUCUGGAGAUUUGGAGAUGUCUGGUCUUACAGGAGGCCUUAAUCCUGCCAAAUUGGAAUUUAAGAAUGAAGAUAUAGAGACAGGCGGUCUAGAAGGUCCAGGUGCAUCCCUAAAACUUCCCACAGUAAAACUACCAACAGUUGACAUCUCAGCUCCAAAGAUGGAUCUCAAUUUUGGCCUUACAAAACCCAAAGGUGAUGAUGUGGAAGUAGAACUUCUGAAAGCAGAAGGAGGAAGGCCUUCUUCAGGGGGCAGCUUUGAUCUACCUAAUGUCUUCCUCAAAGCACCUAGUUUCACUCUUCCUAGGUUUGGGGGAAAGACAAAGAGCUGUAACUUAGAAAUACCAGGACCUAAGGCACAUACCUCACUCAGUUCACCACAUGUAGAAGGAGAGAUCAGAGCACCGUCGGUGGAGUUUGAUGGAGGUGGAAAAGUCAAGGUGAAAAAACCUAAAAUCAAACUGCCCUCAUUUGGCAUGUCCAAGAAGGCUGCAGAUGUAUCAGUCUCUUGUCCUGAUGUUGAUGUUAAAGUGAAAAAGGGAAAAAUUGACAUUCAUCAACCAGAUAUCAAUGUUGACAACUCAGAUGACAUGUCAAAAUACAAAAUGAGAUUUCCCAAGUUAAAAAUAUCAUCACCCAAACGUGAACUCCCAGAGGAAAAAGUUGAAGCAAAACUGGAUGCAGAUGUAGAGGCAAAAGGUGGCUUCCAUGCACCUGGCAUCUCUUUAAAACUGCCAAAGUUUUCUAUGCCAGGCUUUGUCUCUAAAGAAAAAGACCUAGGUAAGCCAAGUGGUGACCUUGAAGCUAAAACCAAGGUCAAGAUGCCUUCUGUUGAGUUGUCGCUACCAGCAGCUAAAACACCAGAGACUGAGGUUCUUCUCCCAAAAGCAGAAGUUGAUGUUACAGAGGCUGAUAUAAGAGGCUAUGAGGGAAACCUUAAAAUUCCCAAAAUGCCAACGAUUGAUGUUUCCCUCCCCAAAUUAGACCUUGAUGUGUCCUUACCCAGAGGAAAGUCUCCAAAGAUUGAAGGACCAGACCUGGAGCUAAAAGGGGCUGAUGGAAAAUUCAAAAUGCCUCAUUUUAAUAAGCCUGCACUUGAUGUUUCACUUCCAAAAGCAAAGACUGAUUCACCAGAUUUAGAAAUGAAGGAGACUACAGAGGGAAAGUUAAAAAUGCCUCACAUAAAAAUGCCCAACAUUGACAUAUCGCUUCCUAAAGGAAAACUCAAAGGUACUGAGGCAGAAAUAGAAGUGGAUGGACAAGGAGAAGCAAAAGUCAAAACACCUUAUCUGAAAAUGCCCGAUGCUGAUGUCUCUCUGCCUAAAGGUCAGAUUGAAGGUCCAGAAAUAGAGAUUCAAGGAGAAGGUGGAAAAUUCAAGAUGCCACAUCUAAGCAUGCCUUCUGUUGAUAUUUCAUUGCCCAAAGGGAAGAUUGGAGGUCCAGAUGUUGAAGUAGAAGGACAUACCAAAGGAAAAUUUAAGAUGCCUCACUGGAAAAAGCCAGAUGUUGAUGUCUCUCUAACCAAAGGACAGAUUGAAGGUCCAGAAGUGGAGUUAAAGGGGAAAGGUGGAAAAUUUAAGAUACCACAUCUAAGCAUGCCCUCUGUUGAUAUUUCACUGCCCAGUGGAAAGACUGGAGAUGCAGAGACUGAAACAGAAGGAAAUAAAAGAGAGAAAUUUAAAACACCACAAAUAAAAAUGCCUUCAGUUGAUAUUUCAGCACCCAAGGGAAAGAUUGAAGGUGCAGAUGUUGAAAUGAAUGUUGAUGUUUCUCUACCUAAAGGAAAAGUUGAAGGUCCAGGAGUUCGAGAUGUGGAGAUCAGAGGAGAAGCUGGAAAAUUCAAGAUGCCCCACAUCAAUAUGCCUUCAGUUGAUAUUUCACUACCUAAAGGAAAAACAGAAGGUGCAGAGAUAGAGCUGGAAGGAGGUGCAGGGGGGGGGAUCAGAAUGCCUCAUGUCAAAAUGCCAGGUUUUAACGUCUCUGUACCCAAAGGAAAAUCUGGCAAAAUUGAAGGAGAGAUGGAAAUUGAGGGAGAUGGCAGCAAAAUGCCACAUAUGACAGUGCCUUCAGUCAAUAUUUCACUUCCAACGAGAAAUACUGAAGGUGCCAAUGUUGCAAUUAAGGGUGAGGGAGGAAUAUUCAGGAUGCCAAAAGUUGACAUUUCUCUUCCUAAAGGAAAACCUUCAGUGCAAGGUCCUGAGGCAGAUAUCGAGGGAGAUAGAGGAGAGUUCAAGAUGCCAAAUGUGGGCAUAUCACUUCCCAAGGGGAAAGUAAACAUUGAUACACCAGCAGAGAAAAUGGAGACAGAGGAAGGAAUCAUCAAACUGCCAGAUAUCAAGAUGCCAAAAGUUGAUAUUUCACUCCCGAAAGGCAAAAGUGAAGGUAGUGAUGUACCUGUUGUAGAGAUGAAAGUAACCAGUUCUGAUAUUAAAGUUCCAGAGGGAAAAAUACUACUGCCAAUGGCUAAAACCACUGAAGCAGAGAUUAACUUACCAAGUGGUAAGGCUGAUCUGGACACUGGGGCUAUUGGAGGAGCUGAUUUGCAUUUUGAGGGUGAGCACAAAGGCCUAAAAUUCAAAGUGCCAACAAUAGAUAUCAAAGGUCCAAAAGGAGGCUUAGAACUUGAUGUUGGACUUCACAAAGGGGAGGGCAAAAAGGACAGGAAAAAAGUUGAUCUACCUGACUUAGAUGUCACUACAGAAACCAGCGGCAAAGUAAAAGGGCCUAAAGUCAAAGGAACAAAAUUCAAGAUUGGAAUGCCAAAAAAGAAAAACGGUGGAGAAAGAUUUGAGUAUUUUGAAGUUGAAACCCAGAAUGGUCAUAAAGAUGACAAAGAUCGUGUUAACCAUCCAGUACCAGAAGUUACAUUACCAAGUGUAAGUCUAAAAGCAGAAGUGAAAGGAGAGGGUGGCUCCUCAUCUCCGCAUGCAGGAAUCAGAGUCCCCAAAAUACCAGACAUAGAGUUUGAUAUUGGCUCAUCUCAAGGUGGAGAUGACAGCAAAACAGAAAAAGGCAAGAAAAUCAAAAUCCCUAAGUUUGGCGUCCCAUUACCCUCCCUAUCCUCACCAGAGGAAAGUGUGAAUGUCCAUGGGCCAGAAAUUCAGUAUGAGGGCCCUAAAAUGCCUAAAGUAAAGAAAGCGGUUUUUGUCUUGGUAGACACUCCUCCAACAAAUGAGCCUGCUACAAGCACAAGUCCCUUAAAAGGGGAAGCAAUGGCUGAGGCUGAGACAGAGAAUGUCAAAGUGAAGAUGCCCAAAAUCAAAAAGAAGCCAAGCUUUGGAAAGUCCAAAGAAAAGUCAGCUGCUGCAAGUUUAGAAAAAGAAGGGGCAGAAGAAGAAAAGUCAAAGGGGGGAAGAAUAAAGAUGCCUAAAGUGUCAUUUUCGUCUGGCAAAUCUGCAUCAUUUGGUGGUGACACUGUCAAAAGAGAAGGUUCAAGUUCAAGUCUCAAUGGUGAAAGCCCUCACAAGGGCUCCAAGGAAGAGAAGGUGGCAUUCAGUGGUAAAAUCAAACUCCCAAAGGUGGAGUUCACCAGUCUAUAUGGGAAGGCGGGUGCAAGAGGAGCAGACAUGGAAACAAGUGGGGAACUGGGAAAGCAUUCAUCACCAGAAGAAGUACAAUCAAGCACAAUGUUACCAGGGGGUUUCACUGAGGAGCCUUUGAAGGAUUUGGUGUCUUCUCGUGCCAGAACAGAAAUGCUGGACAGGGACAGCUCAGAGUCCCCUUCUGGUUUUGCCACAGAGUUCACCUCAACAAAGUUUCAAGCUUGGAGCAAGGUGGAGAGCAAAAGCAGGGAGUCAGAAGAGAGAGAGUCUUCCUCAUGGUUUAAGGUCCCAAAGGUCACCUUGAAGCCACAUGCCACAGGCUUCCUCCAGAUAACUCCAGAGGCUUCUCCUCAGGCCCAGCGGAAAGGUGAGGUAGGGGGUGAGGCAGAUGUCUCCGGGUCUUUCUGCCUCCACACCUCAGGGCUCGACUUUACCACCUCGCAAAUGACCGAAGAGCACCAAAUCUCUUCCUCCGAGGAGGGAACUGUCACCAUGGUGACAAAAACUACCAGAAUCACCCAGCACCUGGCUGAAACACGAACAGACGAGUCUUCAACGACCACAGCAACAACAAAAACAACAACAGCAGCUCACCAGGUGUCAAAGUACUGAAGAUGCUGGAAUGGUAUCUUUAAUGUAUUUUACUUUUCUUAUUAUUGUUGUUUUGUUUUUCUGUGAGGUUGCAGUGUUAAUAUAAAGUAAACCUCUAAUAAAAGCACAGUUUAUCCUCAAAUUAAUUAUACAUUUGUUUUUCUUCUGACCUGUAGUGCUGUUUAUCUACUGAACUUUUUUGAACUGAUUAUUUGUGGGCUCCAUGCAUCAUUUCUCCAGCUAAUAUCACCAAAACUGGGCAACUCUAACCAAAUCAAUUUAGAUGGAUAAAUAGUACCAGAGGAACACCAUGUAUAUUAAUUUGGGGUUCAUCUGUGCCUUAACAUUAAAAAAAAUUAUAUUUUAAUAGAUGAUGUAUGAAUGUGAUGAACUACAAUAACAUUACAUCAAGUAGUAUUAUUGUCAUUAUUACAGCUAAAGGUUACUAUAUACUUCCUUUCCUCAUCUUACAUGUGAUGACUUUUUUUGUUACGGUUUGUUAGUUUAGUCCAAGUUAUUUAUCAGAUUUUGUUUGGUUUUUAAAGGUUUCACUCUGAAUGUAAACAUGUCUGACUGCUUCAUUAUUUAUUUUUGUUUUUGUGUUUGAAAUGCGCUGGAAAGAGUCUUUUACUCACAUCGACUUCAUGGUUCAGGAUUCAGUUUCAUGAUCAUUUAAAAAUAUUUCAUUAUGAACCAUCACAAUGUAGGCCAGAGGAAUAUUUAUGUAAAUAAAACAAUAUAAUUGCUUUUUUUGAAGCUGUUUCAUUUUCAGUUCAUAAUGUAUUUUCAUAUUUACCAAAGCAUAAAUGAUAUUUUUUGACCUGAAACACUGUUUUGUUUGUCUUGAAGGAAAAGUGUGAACUUCUGAGAUUAUGGGCUUUUUUUUGCCAUAGUUUUAUAUAUUAGCACAUUUAGCCUGUGCUUUACUGUCCAGAGGUGGUCAGUGAGUAAGCAGGACACUCUGGACUCUUUUUCUGCUGUGGGGAUCAAACCUGUGACCUUCUGGUUAUAGGUUUCUCUCAAAUAUUUAGCCCAACCUGCUGCUAAUACAUUUUUUAUUAAUGUUUUUACUGUACAAUGGCAAAAAAGGGCACCACUGUAUUUGUUGUGAUUGAGCCAGUAGCUUUAAAAUACACUGAUAUUUCUGAAGCUCGGCUGUUAAGUAUUGUUGAGUUUCAAAACAUCAGCAGUGAACUGGGCGGAAAUUUGGGGAUUUAAACCAGAAAUUCAGAAAUUUUAGAGAAGUGUAAAGUUUAUUCUGUUGAUCCAAGUUGCUAAAAGGCUGCUAGAGUGAGACUAGUGGGAGUGGCGUGUCUUGAUCUUGUUGCAAAGCAAUCGUGUUAGAAAAAAAGGCCAGAAAACAUUUAGAGUUAGCUAAAUAUUUCUAAAAACACCAAAAAAUAACUGUCAGAGUGAUUGAAACUUUAAGUGCCUUUACCAGUACAUUUUAAACAAUGUAUCUAUGAUUAAUGUAUAAACCGUUUUAAAAUGGAGUAAUCUUCUUGAAUAUCAGUUUUUAUGUCUCCACAUUUUGAUAUUUAAGCUUAAUUUAUAAACAAAGAACUUACCAUUAAGAAAACAUGUUUGAAAUUUUUUGGUAUUCAGUUAAAACUUCCUCCCUUAGAGGAUCCACCAAUCAGGCUUUUUGAAGGGUUUUCUAUUUUCAAGUAGAUGUAAAACAUUUAAGAAUGAACAUCUUUAUGUUUCCUUUAUUGGUUGACUGAUGGAAUGAAGCUGUGUGGUAAAAUGCAUGAAUCCAUAAAAGAGUUGUCUCAUUAACAACUUUUAGCACAGUGCCUUUUUUUGCAGCUGAGAACUAGAGCUUUAAAAAAAAAAGCUGAGACGAGUGGUGACAUGUGAAGGUAACGCGCACUGAGGUAGGAUGUACGUGUAUAGAGAUUUUUAACUUUCUGGUUUAACGAGGUCUUCGAAUUUCUUUUUGAUUCUAAGGUUUCAGUGGCAAGUGUUUUGUCAGAGCUGCAUUGAAAGAAUGUUUGUAAAGAUGUUACUUAAAUAAAGUAAUAUUCACACAAAA